AGUAGUAAGAAGAAUAUUAAGAGUUGUUUCAUGGUGAUAUUCUCUGUAAGACGUUUGAUGUCGAUGAUGGAGAAGAAGCUAAGGAGUAGUUCAUCUUCUCCUUCAUUACCAGAGAAGCUUCAAUCUCUUGAAAUCGCCGCGAGGCUUCGUAUCGAUUCUGAUUCUAUUAACAUGGCUUCUACUGAUUUCGGCAAACUCAAUCGAGUGAUUCCUGCUGCUGUUCUGUAUCCAUUGUCUGAGGUUGACAUUGUAAACCUCAUAAGAUCUUCAUAUGCUUCUUCUUCACCUUUUAGUAUUGCAGCGAGGGGUCAUGGUCAUUCAGUUUGUGGACAAGCCAUGGCUCAAGAUGGUGUUGUGGUAGAUAUGAGAUCUUUGAAUGGAUUAAGUGGAAGGAUUAAUCUUAAUCUUUGUGGGUUAGCUUCUUAUGUUGAUGUGGGUGGAGAGCAGCUGUGGAUCGAUGUUUUGAAUGCAACCCUUGAGCAUGGUGUUGCACCCAAAUCAUGGACGGAUUAUUUGUAUCUCACCGUCGGCGGAACCCUCUCUAACGCCGGCAUCAGCGGCCAAUCCUUCCGUCAUGGCCCUCAGAUCACCAACGUUUAUGAGAUGGACGUUGUUACUGGGCGAGGUGAGGUGGUGACCUGCUCUAGAGACCUGAACUCGGAGUUGUUUUAUGGGGUACUGGGAGGAUUUGGUCAGUUUGGGAUCAUCACAAGAGCAAGAAUUGCCCUAGAACCGGCCCCCAGCAGGGUGAAGUGGGUACGUAUGCUCUACCUUGAUUUCUCUGCUUUCACAAAAGACCAAGAGAAUCUGAUAACAUUCAACGGAGGAGAUCAAGCAGGGAAGAAAAAAAAUAAGGGUCUGGAUUACGUCGAAGGCUCUCUAGUUAUGUCUCAGAGUCCUGCAAAUAAUUGGAGAUCUUCGUUCUUCUCCCACACUGACCAUUCCAAGAUUACUUCCUUAGCAACCAAACAUGGUAUCCUUUACUGCUUAGAAGUGGCCAAGUAUUACGACCAUCUCUCUGUCGAUACUGUUGAUAGGGAAUUAGAAAUGUUGCUUAGAGGGUUGAGCUUCAUCCCUGGUUUUAUCUUCGCCAAAGAUGUGUCUUAUAUAGAUUUCCUCGAUAGGGUUCGAAGAGGAGAAUUAGAGCUUCGUUCUAAAGGACUUUCGGACAUUCCUCAUCCAUGGCUUAAUCUCUUCGUCCCUAAAUCUCAAAUCUUGGAUUUCGAUGCUGGUGUUUUUAAGGGUAUCCUUCAACAAAGCCCGAACGCUAGCGGACCUAUCCUUGUCUACCCCAUGAUUAAAAGCAAGUGGGAUGAUAAGAUGUCAGCAGUUACACCAGAUGAAGAUAUCUUCUAUUCUGUUGGACUAUUGAGAUCAAGUAGUCUAAGUGGGAGUGAAGUUCAUGGUUUAGAGUUGGUGAACCAGAACAGAAAGAUAAUGGAGUUUUGUGAAGAGGUUGGUAUUAAGGUGAAGCAAUAUCUUCCCAAUUACAGAACCAGAGAAGAGUGGAUGAAUCACUUUGGACCGAAAUGGGAUUUGUUCAAAGAAAGGAAGAAUAAGUUUGAUCCAUUAGCCAUACUAUCCCCAGGUCAAAGGAUUUUUAAUUUCUAA